AUGCACACCCUUUCCCUCCUCACCCUUGGGGCCCUCAGCCCUCUGCUGGCCUCCGCAGCCGACUGCACCCGUGAGUUCCUCCAAACCAGCGCCGACAGCCUGAUCGCCGCCCAAAAAGCCGGCAACCCCGCGCUCCUCACCCCCGUCUCCGACACCAUCACCUACCGCGAGAACUACGCCGCCGCCCAGCUCCCCUCGGGCAUCCUCACCAAGGCCCUCCCCAUCGACCACAGCCGGCACAGCCUCGACACGACCCAAUGCGCCACCUACACGGAGCUGAUCUCCGCCACCGGCCCCACCCCCUACGUCCUGGGCGUGCAGAUGUACUUUGCCGACGGCGCCGUGUCCAAGAUCGACACCCUCGUCACCACCACAGGGGAUUGGUUGUUUAAUGCCACCGGCACCCUCCACUGGGCUAGCCAGGAAAAGUGGGAUACUAUCCCGGAGGCGGACCGCGACUCGAGGGAGGUGAUUCAGGCCGCGGCGGAUGCGUACUGUGAUAUUUUUAGUGAUAAGAGCGUGGUUGUGCCGUGGGGGUAUCCCUGUGCGCGGUUGGAGGGGGGCAUGUAUACGGGGAAUGGAGGGCCGAAUGAUAAGUGCGAUGUGGGCAUUCCGAGUGGUGUGAGUUUGACGGAUCGGCGCUAUGUCAUUGAUGAGACGGUCGGGGCCGUGUCGGUGUUUUUGAGCUUUGCCACCAUCCCGGAUAGUCAUGAGUUCCGGGUCGAGAAGGGGAAGCUGCGGUUUGUACAUACCCUGACGGUGAUGAGCGCGAGGGGGAAUGGGAAAAGUGCGGGUAGGAGGGGGCGUAGGGGGGUUAUGAGUCCUCCGGCGAAGUGA